AUGUCGCUUCUUUCCACCAGAAGAGGAUUCCGAUACCGUCUCUCCCGAGCUUUGAUCUUAAUACUCAUCAGCUGGAGUCUGAUUGAGCUCCACUUGAUCCAGGGACGAAUAUGCGAAGCAGAAUCCCGCAGCCCGCGCGCAUCCCGAAACACAGAACGGAUCUACAUCGCAAGCGUGAAUUGGAAUAACGAGCUUGUACUGCGCAGUCACUGGAACAAGGCUCUUCUACAUCUAGUCUCAGAGCUUGGGCCGGAUAAUGUUUUCGUCAGCAUAUACGAAAGUGGGAGUUAUGACAAUACAAAAGGUGCAUUGAGAGAGUUGGACUGGGAGCUUGACAAAUUGGGUGUCCCGCGGAAUGUCACUCUCUCGCCUGUUACGCAUCAGGAUGAAAUUGCUGCGCCGGCUAGAGGCGAGGGCUGGAUUCAAACUCCUAAAGGCAAUACGCAACUUAGGCGAAUACCGUAUCUGGCGAGGAUACGGAAUUUGAGUCUGUUGCCGUUGCAGGACCUUGCGCGGAAGGGGAUUACUUUUGAUAAGAUCUUGUUUCUGAACGAUGUUGUGUUUACUCCGAGCGAUGUCAUUGAGCUUCUGGAUACUAACAAAGGUCAAUACGGAGCUGCUUGUUCCUUGGACUUUUCCAAGCCUCCUCACUAUUAUGAUACCUUUGCUCUGCGGGACAGUAAAGGACAUGAAGCCAUCAUGCAGUCAUGGCCCUACUUUGGCUCCAAGCGAUCUCGAGAUGCGAUGAAGCAUAUGAAGCCAGUACCAGUGACAAGCUGUUGGAACGGCAUGGUUGCAAUGCCGGCGAAACCAUUCCUUUCCAGCCCACCGCUUCGAUUCCGCGGUAUCCCAGACUCACUCGCACAGCUCCAUCUCGAGGGUUCUGAGUGUUGUCUCAUCCAUGCAGAUAAUCCAUUAUCCAUCCAAAAGGGCGUCUACCUCAAUCCACUGGUCAGGGUCGGAUACAAUGGCGCUGCUUACGCUGCGGUUCAUCCAACCAUGAAUUGGGUUUCGGCUUGGAGGAUAUUGCAGGGAAUAUGGACUAAUCGACUCCGUCGCUUGAGUGACAUUUCUUGGCUCAAGGGGGAGAUGAUUCGAGGCCAGAUUGAUCGCUGGAGAGCUCUGGAUCCUCGGAAUCAAGAAGAUGGUCAGAUAUGUAUCAUCAACGAGAUGCAGAUCCUGCAUCGAUACGGUUGGAUACAUGUGUAG